AUGAAGACCGUCGACAUCCUCGGUGGAAGCUACGGCGGGGCCCGCGCUGCCACUACCCUCGCCCAGGGCCUCCCCCACAGCUGGCGCAUCAUCAUCGUCGGCCGUAACUCGCACAUCAACUAUCACAAGGCCUUCAUCCCCUACAACAAUGUCUUCCUCCCUUUGCGCACCGUCUCCACCCCCGGCUCCCCCGGAUAUACGAACCCCGCACGCUUGGUGAUGCUACACGCGUCCGUGACGUCCCUCGCGACGCGCACCCUCACCCUUGACCGUGCGUUCCCGGAGCACGGCGUUUCCGAGGCCGACCGGACCCUCCACUUCGACUGCUUCAUCUACGCCCUCGGCUUGCGCCUCCCCUCGCCCACCAACCUCUGGAACCCUGCCACGGAGGAUGUGGAGAAGGCGGAGGUGCUCGACGUUGCGCGCGGCACGAAGCAGGGCGGGGUCGCGUUCCCCAAGCAGUUCCAACUCCGUGUCUCGCGCGCGGCUUCCGUUGUGGUCGUCGGCGGGGCUCUUUGUAUCUACAUUGCUGAGAUCUAUCCAGCCACAAAUGUCACCUUGCUACACUCUCGCGAUUGCCUCCUGCCGAGGUUUGACGAGGCGAUGCACAGCGAAAUCAUCUCUAGCCUCUCAGGACUGAACAUUUGCACCAUGCUCGGCGAUCGCCUCGACCUCGCCUCACUCGCCGACAACAAGCACAGCAACGGUGAACGCGUCGUCCGUACACAGAGCGGAUGCGAAGUACAGGCCAAGCUGGUGCUGCUCUGCACCGGCCAGUCCCCCAACACGUGGCUUCUCCGCGACGCCUUCCCAAAACGAGUCCUCGCGGAGCCGCCCCCGAGUCCGAACCCCCGACCGCUGUCCCCGACCUCUCCCCGCUUUCCCUCACGACAGCCUGCACCUCUGCCGGACCCUCGUCUACGGAACCCUCCCUCGCCAACGUCCCCUCAACCGACGCGUCCGAGCGACGACGCGUCCGAGACCUCGUCACAGGCUGAGGAUGCGCAGCUCGAGAACGUCGAAGACGCGAGGACGCGCGUCGCGGGGGCGCGCAUCUUUGCGAUUCGGGGCACAAAGUCAGUCUACCAGUACCAGGGCGUCAUCGGCACGCGCGAUCAGGAACAGGCCGACCUCGACAUCCACAUGACGCGGCGCUACUUCGGGUAUGAGGUCGAGCGCGGGGACCUCGACGCGGACCUUCCGGACGAGGAGAUCCCAGGCGCCGCGCCGCGACCGGUGUAUACGACGAAGGAGGUCAUGGCGUGA